AUCAUCAGAGGAAGGCUACAGUGUGGAACCCUGUCAGACAUCUUCCAAAAGUCGAGGAACGUCAACCUGGGCACCAGUAUUUGCUGCCUUCAAGAUCUUGUGGAUUAAUUCACUGGCACAGAAUGGGAGGAGCUGCUGCGGUGUCACCUGCUCCGAGUGCGCCCACUGCAGGUGUGAGAAGACGGACAGAGAGGUCUUACGGACAGCCGGUAUGAUGCCACAACUCCGGACACUUACGAUGAUGCGCGGUACCAGAGCUCGCAUCUUACGUAAGAUCUGCAGGAACUGUCCGAAUCUCACAACUUUGCAGCUUCAUGGCUGUCAGAAGAUGAACUACUCGCUCCUGAAGUACAUAUUUGAGAAGUGUCCGAAGAUUGAGAAGCUGAUAAUCGCCAACAACUUACUGGCCGACCGACAGUACGCGGAGUUGGUGUCGCGCCUGGAACACUUGCAGAGCCUGGAAGUGUUCGAGAAUCGGAGAGGUGUGGGGCCUGUGCUGCUGCGCUUCCUGGCAGACACCUGCUCAAAGUUGCGGGAGAUAAACCUCAGCUGUGACUACCACCCACUGGAGGACGUCGAGUACUUCGUGAAGGCCAAGAGGGACACACUCACUUCUGCCACCGUGCGCUGGACCAUGGCGGGGAAGAGAUGUGUGGUUCCCGUGCUGAAAGAGGCCGCCAGCUCUCUUGAGAAACUGCAGCUGCGCCUCUUUGACGUGGCACCCGAGGAGGAGGCCGCGACGUUUGCAGAUCUCGGAGAGCUGCACAACCUGCGUGAACUGCACUGCAACCAGCUCUGCCCGCACCGGCCUCGCCUCAUCUCUCUCACCUUCCAGCCCGGCUGCCUACCACUGCUGCAGAAGUUGGACCUGCCGCACGCCACCGACCUCCCGGAUGACGCGGUGGUCACCAUUUCUCGGGGGUGCCCGUCACUGCGCCACCUGAGCCUGACUUUUGCGACGAGUCUCACAGACGGAGCACUUGCCGAGAUCCACCGUCUUAAACACCUACAGAUACUGGAUCUUUCCGGAUGCAGUGGGCUGGGCGGAUCUGCCGUGGCGCACGUGGCGCAGCUGCCGGCCCUCCGCACGCUGCUCCUCCAGUACAUUGACGACCUGACAGAUCUGCAGCCGGGCCUACGGCACGUCCUGGACUUGAAGCAACUGCGCUGCCUCGAUAUCCUGUACUUUCCAGUUUAUAUAUCAAAGAAGCAGUGAAAGAAAUAAAAGAAAGAUGGAAGAGUGGAUUAAAAUUCAGGGAGAAUGGAUAUUAAUAAUAUCAUUCACUGAUGAUACUCCUAUUGGCUUGUGAAAGGGAGGAAGAAUUUCAGAACCUGUUGAAUGGAAAGAACAGUCUAAUGAGAACACACUACAGAUUGAGAAAGAAACCAGGAAAGAUGAAAUUAAUGAGCAUUAGCUAUAUCAGAUUAGUUAUGGAUUUAACAUCAAAACUGGUGUCCAUGAAGAAGUGAUGCAGUUCUGAUACAUUGGAAAUAAAGUAACACACGAUGCAUGAAGCAAUGAUGACAUACCAAAUGGCUGUAAUUAAAGUGCAGAUACUCGCAGAGGUCCAGUGUGGGCUGUAAUUAUCAUAUGGAAGCGAAACUCGAUUUGUAUUCUAAUGCGUUAACACAGAACAGUUUUACGCUGGAGAAAAAUUAGUUUCAAUUUUGGCGACCAGGUGCGAAUCUGGUGCUGCGAAUGCAAAUAGUUCCCACUUAUUUGUUUUCUCUGUAAGUUCAGUGGUAAUCCGUGUUCCCACUUCUAACUUAUGCUACCAUCUCUGUUAGAGUGUGCUAACUAUGUAUAGAUUGUCAACAGUUAGGCUAAAGCUGUUGUUUUUCUACCUUGUGAGUCAAUCAUUGCAGAAGCGCAGUUCCCGUGUGAAAACGAGCCACUGUUUCGACCGCUACAGCGUUUUUUGGAUAGUGUGCUUUCCUUUUGCGUGUGAAGUGACUUGUGUUGUAUUUAUCUAUUUUUGUAUUUAUGAGGGAGAUAGUAUUCGUGGAUGUUCGCUGCAUUUGACUGAAAAUUACAUAAAUAUUACAAGGUAAGUUAGUGGAAGCAGAACUGAAGUAUUCUGCCCAUUGGCUGUGGCAGAGUAUAAUAAAAUAAUGGGAGGAGUCGAUAGAUUUGAUCAGCUGCGUCAACGGUAUGCUGUAGGCCGUCGUUCGUGGAAGUGGUGGCACAAACUGUUUUCCUUUCUUGUGCAUUUGGCAGUUGUCAGUUCCUACGUUAUGUGGAAGCUACAGAAGACAAAAGCAGACCAGCUAACAUUUAGAUUGCACUUGGCAAGGCAGCUUAUCUCUGGCUUCUCAAGUCGUAAGAGAAGAGGAAGGUCAAACACCAA